ACUGCUGUGCAAAAACAAGGCCCGGAGGUCUCAUGGGUGUCCAGGGUCUGACCACCUAUGUGGAGGGGAACAGACGCUUCCUGCAGGACGUCAGGUUCAGGGACAGUCGCCUGGUCAUCGAUGGCUGCAGUCUGUAUUUCCGCCUGUACUUUAACCAUGGCUUGGACCAGCAGCAUGGAGGGGACUAUGAUGCCUUCGCUUGCCUGCUCACACAGUUCCUGUCCGCGCUGGCAGCCUGUAACAUCCAGCCGUAUGUGGUGCUGGAUGGAGGUGUUGACCCCAGUGACAAGAAGUUGCCAACUGUGCGUCAGCGGCUGCAGUCCAAGAUAAAGGACGCAGACGCACUUUCCCACGGCCGCAAUGGUUCUGUUCUCCCCAUCCUCACCAGGGACGUCUUCAUUCAGGUUCUCAUCCAGAGAGGAAUUCCGCUGGUCCAGUGUCCAUUUGAGGCUGACCGUGAAAUCGCCUGUUUGGCUCACCAGUGGAAGUGCCCGGUUCUGACCAAUGACAGUGACUUUUACAUAUUUGACCUGCCAGGUGGUUACCUGCCAUUCAGUUUUUUCCAGUGGACCAACCUUAACGGUAAAGCUUGUCAACGCUACAUCUCGGCUCGGUGCUACACCACCAACAGCCUGUGUCGCUGGUUUGGGGGCAUGAACCAGGACUUGCUCCCCCUAUGUGCCGUCCUGACUGGCAAUGACUAUGGUGCUCCGAAAGAUGCUGAAACCCUCCUGGGCCUGUUAGAUGUCAGUGCAAUAGGGAGAGGUGGUGGCAGGGGCAAAGCCAGCGCAUGCCGUAUUGAGGGCCUCCUCCUCUGGUUGUCCUCUUUUUCAAGUUCGGCAGAGGCCCUGGAGGAAGUGAGCAGGCUGAUGGGGGAGGGAGGUGGAGGCGGAGGUGGUAGGGGCAGGAGAGGACAGAAAGGUGGGCUGAGCUCACAGCUGUGGGCAUGUAUGCAGGAGUACCACAUCUCCCCUCAAAGCUCGCUGGCUCGCUGGUUCUCUGGAGGUAAGGCAGCCCCUGGAGGGCGGCUCUCUGGCCUGAACGACUGUCUGUCCCUGGCUGCAGCUCAGGGACUGCUGGCCCCCUUGGUGGUGGAUGCUGCCGUGAUGCGCCGGGUCCUGCUCAUCCCACAGGUGGAGAACAGCAAGCUAGCCAGCAGUCACUGUAGUGCCAGAGCUAUACGCCAGGCCGUGUAUGGGAUAUUACUGCAGAGAGGUCAAGAUGUCCAGGCACAAGAGAACAUCAGCCGGGGCAUGAGAGGUGGGAGAGGGCGAGGGGGGAGGAACAUCAUUUUACCCUCACAGCAGGGUGUAAGUGAAGUGGCUGGUGCAGGUGCAGUGCAGGCUGAGGGCUGUAGUGCCGCCAUGUGUGUAGAAGAGUACGACCGUCUGGAUCUUAACUUGAAGAAAAGCCAAGUAGAGGCACAUCUGCCCCGAACUCCCCUAUGUCUGGACACACUCAGCCAGGCUCCUGUGGCAACUCGUCUUGGUGUCCUGUUAGAAGUCUUGGGGAUUAAGGAGUCCGCGCUAGCUGCUGUGCCUCUGCACCUGAGGCUGGCUGUAGCGGUGACAGGAUUCUGGCUGCGAGAGAUCAUACCGAUACCCUCAAAGCUCCAUCUCCAGGCUUUGGUGCUGGGAAUGGUUUACGGGGAGCUGUCCUGGAACAACCAGCCCGGAGCAACCCACAACCAACAAGGCGAGCACAGCGUGCGGUCAGGGCUGGAUCGAUUGCGUAUGAGGCCGGGGGAAAGACGAGGCUUGGAUAUCGGAGCAGCUCACAGCUUCAGCCAGUGGCAGGCCUGCCUCUGGAGUGCACUGUCUCUCAAUCAGCUGCUGCUGCUGCCAAUGCCUGAACCCCAGCUGUCAUGGUUGUUUAGUGGUACUUUGGUGCACGGCCUCCUCAGGCACCUCAAAGGGGGCCAACCAGCUGAAGCCCUCCUCGUCGGGAGUCCAUUUUCCAGACAGCUCUUCUUUUCCCUGCUGGACGCUGUGAGGAACUGCAGCUCCAAAUCCCAUCCUCCGUCUGCAGCAGCAGGGAGGAGGAGAGGCGGAGGCCGUGGAAGGAGAGGAAGAGGUGGAGGUGGGAGAGGAGCAAGGGGCUCAAGGGGAGGAAGAGGAAGAGGCACUGAGGAGAUAAACAACAGGUUUGCUCUCCUGAUGAGCAAGGAAGAGCUUGAUGAUGAUUAUUAAACAGAUCAAAACUUGCUAGGGGCCAAAUGAGAGAGGACAUUCCAGUGUUUCCUAAAACACACUCAGGGAAUACUAGAGUCACUGUCAAAUUUCUGCCUUUUAUUGCACUAUUUUAAACAUUCUCAAUAAUAUGUACCAGCCCCUCCGAUCAGAUCAGUUUCCCCAAAGCCUUCUCUUUCCAUAUUUUAGCAGAUUUAAGAGCUUUUCUGAAAAUAACGUCUCUGUAAUCAAUGCAACAGUUCUCAACAUGACAGUUUGAUUCAGCAACACCAACACAGACAGUGAAUGUAAAUGUCUUCCUGUAACAUGUUGGUUGACUUCUAACGGUCUUGAUGAAAUUACAUUUUCCUUAAGUUUUAUGGCAGCUAGUGUCAUUUUUAAUGAGCAGCUCUUUAAGUCUUAUGUCAUUUUACUAUUUGCCUUAAUCCUCAUGAAUUUGGUGCAUUAACUCUUCUUUGUAUGCACAUUAGAAAAAGAGCAGACUUACAAACAAAUGUUUUUAAAAUGAUCAUGUUGAGCUUGUUUUUAUCUGUAACAUGGCUGAGAAUAAAACGUUUACUCUCUCA